ACUACACCGCACCAUGCCCACCCCCAGUGCUGCCGCCGCUGCUGCUGCGCCACAGCCCAAGGGCUUCCGAAGGGCUGUCUCUGAGCUGGAUGCCAAGCAGGCCGAGGCUAUCAUGUCCCCUCGGUUCAUCGGGCGUCGGCAGAGCCUCAUUGAGGAUGCUCGCAAGGAACGGGAGGCAGCUGAGGCAGCAGCAGCAGCAGCAGUGGCCUCCUCAGAGCCUGGGGACCCCCUGGAGGCCGUGACAUUCAAAGAACAGGAGGGGAGAGCCAUGCUGAACCUUCUCUUCUCCCUUCGGGGCUCCAAGCCCUCUCCACUAUCCCGGGCUGUCAAGGUGUUUGAGACAUUUGAAGCCAAAAUCCACCACCUGGAGACCCGUCCAGCCCCCAGGCCACGGGCAGGUGGCCCACACCUGGAAUACUUUGUACGCUUUGAGGUGCCCAGUGGGGACCUGCCCGCCCUGCUCAGCUCUGUGCGUCGGGUGUCAGAUGAUGUGCGCAGUCCCAGGGAGGACAAGGUUCCCUGGUUCCCACGAAAGGUGUCAGAGCUGGAUAAGUGCCACCACCUGGUCACCAAGUUUGACCCUGACCUGGACCUGGACCAUCCGGGCUUCUCAGACCAGGUGUACCGCCAGCGCAGGAAGCUGAUUGCCGAGAUCGCCUUCCAGUACAAGCAAGGCGAGCCGAUUCCCCAGGUGGAGUACACAGCUGAAGAGACUGCAACCUGGAAAGAGGUCUACACCACGCUGAAGGGCCUCUAUGCCACCCACGCCUGCCGGGAGCACCUGGAGGCCUUCCAGCUGCUUGAGCGCUUCUGUGGCUACCGUGAGGACAGCAUCCCACAGCUGGAGGAUGUGUCACGGUUCCUGAAGGAGCGGACUGGCUUCCAGCUGCGGCCCGUGGCUGGUCUGCUGUCUGCACGGGACUUCCUGGCCAGCCUGGCCUUCCGUGUGUUCCAGUGCACCCAGUACAUCCGCCACGCCUCCUCGCCCAUGCACUCGCCUGAGCCGGAUUGCUGCCACGAGCUGUUGGGGCACGUACCCAUGCUAGCUGACCGUACGUUCGCCCAGUUCUCCCAGGACAUUGGCCUCGCAUCCUUGGGGGCCUCGGAUGAGGAAAUUGAAAAGUUAUCCACGCUGUACUGGUUCACGGUGGAGUUUGGGCUCUGCAAACAGAAUGGAGAGUUGAAGGCCUAUGGCGCUGGGUUGCUGUCCUCCUACGGGGAGCUCCUGCAUUCCCUGUCUGAGGAGCCUGAGAUCCGGGCCUUUGACCCCGAUGCUGCUGCUGUCCAGCCCUACCAAGACCAGACCUACCAGCCCGUGUACUUCGUGUCAGAGAGCUUCAGUGAUGCAAAGGAGAAGCUCAGGGGCUACGCCUCUCGAAUCCAGCGCCCUUUCUCUGUGAAGUUUGACCCCUACACACUGGCCGUGGAUGUGCUGGACAGCCCUCACACCAUCCGGCGCUCCCUGGAGGACGUCCAGGACGAGCUGCACACCCUAGUCCAUGCGCUGAGUGCCAUCAGCUAG